CCCAACCACUUCCACAUGAUUCAUAAAUUGCUAGAAAGUAUUGACUUUAAACCUCGACAAAACAAUUCACAAAACGUGAGCCACGUCAAAAUUUAUUUUAUCUUUUUAUGAUUUAGCUACGUCAAUUUAAAACUCUAAUUGUGGCAGUAAUCUCAUUCUCAUCCAAUAAAAAUAAAAAUAAUAAAAUAAAGAAGGCAAAUUGGCACACUAAUGAUCUCUGGUGUGAUAAAUUCAAGAAUAAAAACCCCACACUUAACCUUCAUUUCCCCCAAAAGAUCCUUCCCCAUCAUACUCAUUCUCUGCUACCGUUUUUCUCUCUCUCCAAGAUGAUCGGAGAACACUCUCAGUUACCCGUUUCUGAUGACCCAAAGACGCCACUUCUCCCAAUUCACGAGGCAACCCAAGGAACAAACAGCACCGUAUCGUGCACCAUAAAAUGUUUUUUAACAUUAAAUAACUUGUAUGUAAUUCUAGGACCUUUAUUGUCGAUUAUCAUAUGUCUCUUCGUGAAGCUGGAUGCUCCACCCACCAGCCAGAAAAUGCUUGGCGUGAUUGCUUGGGUUUUCACUUGGUGGGUCACCCAAGCCGUGCCACUUCCGGUGACCUCCAUGUGCCCCCUGUUUCUGUUCCCACUCUUCGGAAUAUCUUCUGCUGAUGCUGUGGCCCACUCUUACAUGGACGACGUUAUCACCCUCGUUUUAGGUAGCUUCAUUCUCGCUCUCGCCGUCGAACGUUACAACGUCCACAGAAGAUUGGCCUUGAAUGUGACGUUGCUAUUUUGUGGCGAUCCGGUGAAUCCAGCGCUGCUGUUAUUGGGGCUAUGUAGCACGAUAUUCUUUGUGAGUAUGUGGCUGCACAACGUGGCAACGGCGGUGAUGAUGAUGCCGGUGGCGACGGGGAUCGUGCAGCGGUUGCCGCCGGUGCAGGAGCAAUCGGAGGCGGUGAACAAGUUCUGUAGGGCGGUGAUUCUGACGGUGGUGUACGCUACGCCGAUCGGAGGGAUAAGCACUUUAACGGGGACGGGUGUGAACUUGAUAAUAAUUGGGAUGUGGAAGAGCCUUUUUCCUGAGGCAAAGCCAAUCAGUUUCAACACGUGGUUCUUUUACGGUUUCCCUGUGGCCGUUCUCAUUUUAAUUUGCUUUUGGGGCAUUAUUUGCUUGCUCUAUGUGCCAAAAGGUUCGGGUCGGGCUUUGUCUGCUUACUUGGAUAAGGCUCAUUUGAAGAGGGACCUCGAUGCUCUUGGUCCAAUGGCUUUUGCUGAGAAGAUGGUGUUGUCUGUGUUUGGGUUGCUGAUCAUACUAUGGAUGACAAGAAGAAUCACAGAUGACAUUCCUGGAUGGGGUGCUUUGUUCCAUGGUCUUGUUGGUGAUGGAAGUGUCAGUGUUAUGGUGGCUGUGUUAUUGUUCAUAAUCCCAAACAUGAAGCAAGAGGGGGAGAAACUAAUGAGCUGGAAUGACUGCAAAAAGUUACCUUGGAACCUCAUUUUGCUCCUAGGUGCAGGGUUUGCCUUAGCUGAUGGAGUACAAUCUAGUGGCCUAGCAGAUGUGUUAUCAAGAGCCUUAGAUUUCUUGCAAGAUGCCCCAUACUUGGCCAUUGUUCCUGCUGUUAGUCUAAUAUGUAGCAUUAUUACUGAGUUCAUCACCUCCAAUGAUGCCACUGCCACCCUUCUUGUCCCACUUCUGUAUCACAUAGCCAGGACUAUGCAUGUGCACCCUCUUCUUCUUAUGGUCCCUGGAGGAAUAGCAACCGAGUUUGCUUUCUGGCUUCCAACUUCCACGCCAUCAAAUGUAGUUGGAUUUGCCACUGGACACAUAGAAAUUCAAGACAUGCUCAAAGUUGGUGUGCCACUCAAGGUUGCUGGGAUUGUUGUGCUUUCUCUUCUCAUGCCAACACUAGGAACUUUUGUUUUUGGAGCAAAUGGCGGUAUUAAAUUGAUUUCUUCUCGUUGGUUAGGAAAUUGAUUUUUUUCUCCAAAUUCCACUUUGCUUUAUAAAUUUUGGGUGGGGGCCUGUUAUCAUUCGUAGAAUCUUGCUUAUACUAAAUUUUAAUUGUGCAAUUGCAAGGGCCUCAUGCAAUAUUUAAGCAAUGAGGAAUACUCUGUGCAAAUAUCAACAGGCAAUGGAGAAGGUAGAGAAAGAUCUCUAUCUCACUCUUUCUUGCUAUUAUUUUGUAUUUAUAUGUUAAUUUGUUUACAAAUUCUUUUUGAAGGGUUAUAUUAUAUAAAUAUAGGGGUAGGGUGAAUUUCUUGCCAUUGUAAAACUUUAUACUUAUAUACCAUUAAGAGAAGAAAGGAAUUGAUUUGUUUAUUAAAUGAUUAUGUAAUGUGAAUGCAAUUUGUUGAUUUAGAGGUGUCGGAAAUCCCAUUGAUCC